AUGUUCAUCAACCAUUUAACCAGGUCUUCUAGGCGUUUACUCCCUUAUGGCAUCCGCCAUGUGGGAACCGUAGCCAAGCAAACCGAGCCAAUACUUUUUAACCGGCAACGUGAAAUCGACUAUUUCAAAAAGAGAUUCAAAAGCAAAGUGCCAGGACUUCACAUCAUCCUGGGUCCCCCAAGCACUGGGAAAACUGCUUUAAUGCGCAAGGUAGUGAGUGAUGCUGGCAUGAACCCUCUACUUAUCGACCUCCGUAGCGGACAAUGCGACACACCAAUGGCCUUAUACUAUUCAAUUAUCGAACAAUACAAAACGUUUUAUGACAAACUCAAAACUUUGUCCAAGAGUGUUAAGGCAGUCAAUAUGGCAAGUUAUGAAAUCCAAUUUAACGAAUUGACCUCUGGAGUUACUGCUGGGACAGCAGUUACUCGUCUGCUUUGCGAAAUUAGUAGUAGGCUUCCACAAUGGAGAUGGUGGAGUAGCAUGGAUGUACCACCACCCAUCCUUGUCAUUGAUGAGGCAAAUAGGUUUGACCAGUUGAGUGAAGUAUCACCUGAAUCCACUAGUGUUAUCCAGACAUUUCUUCAGUGGAUGGUACUGAAUACGAAACAAGAACAAAAGUUCCACAUAAUCCUCACCUCCUCUGAUUCGUUCUUUAUAAACUGGAUCCGAAAAUAUAUAAAUCAUAUUCAUUUUAAGCCAUAUGUUGUUGGUGAUCUGUCCAAAGAGAAUGCUGAAGAAUUUUUUGAAGAACAUGUACUUAUGAAAUCAGAUGAACCUUCCAUCCGCAAAGAGCUCACAGGGCAGUUUCACCACAUUCAUAGAAUUACAGGCACUCGCAUGUUUCUUAUUAAACAGUAUGUUGAUCAAUACUCAGUUCAAGGAAAAUUUGAAGAUUGCUUAUUUGACUAUUACUUAAGUGCUUAUGAUCAAUUACAAACUGGUCUUUAUCCUGAGACUCUUAAGGGUAUAAAGCCUGCUCCAGCUUGGCAGCAAGAUGACUUCAUUAAAGCCAUGCGAUUUAUUGUGAAGAAUGCAGAUCAAGGAUUUGUUGCAGAAAGGGAUUUGAUAAGAGAGAUUGGCCCAGAAAAACUUCUAUCCCUUGUUCACUACAACUUUCUGCAUCGCCGACCAACUCCUAUAUACACCUUUGACAUAGUCAACCCACCAAAUGAACCAAUUUUGACCCCAAUGAGUCAGCCGGCAUUGCGUGCGAUGGAAGAUCUCUUGAAAAUGGUUGAUGGAAAAGCUUAG